AUGAAUUUUUCCAAGAAACAACAUAAAUUAACAAUUUCAUUGGAUUCGCAGUUCUUGUCUAAUAUUUUUUACAUUCUUCUCGUUUUAGCUCUUUCCUUCAAUCAACCAAAGUUUGGCCCAACACCCAUUUGGGAUUCCAAUGGAAUUACUUUUGCUAAUCGGUCGAUUGUUGGUGAAGAUCCUACUGCCAUUUUUAUAAACAUAAACAACACAAUUUAUGUUACUAAUCAAAAAAACAACGCAAUUCUAAUAUGGGAUGAAGAGAAUGUUACUCCAACAAAGAUCAUUUCCGGUAAUUUUACAGAACCCAGCUCUCUCUUCGUGAUAUCAAAUGGUGAUAUUUAUAUUGAUGAUGGAUUUAAGAAUGGUCGAGUGCAGAAAUGGAUAGCAGAAACAAAUAUCUUUGUCACAGUGAUGAAUAUUAACUCAUCAUGUGAAGGUUUGUUUGUCGAUAUCAAUGAUACUCUUUACUGUUCAAUGUACCGUCAUCAUCAAGUCGUGAAAAGAUCAUUAAUUAAUUCUGUGAUAGAUUCAAAUCAUGUUGCUGCUGGAACAGGUAUUCAAGGAUCAGCCUCAGAUCAACUUAAUCUUCCUUAUAGAAUCUUUGUCGAUGCGAAUUUGGAUUUAUAUGUGGCAGAUUUUGCUAAUGAUCGAGUUCAGUUGUUCCAGUCGGGAAAAUCAAAUGGGAUCACAGUGGCUGGAAGUACAUCACUAAAUCCAACAAUUACACUUCGUUGUCCAAGCGGAAUAAUAUUAGAUGCUGACAAAUAUUUAUUCAUUGCAGAUUGGAGUAAACAUCGCAUUGUUGGUUCAGACUUGAAUGGUUUUCGAUGUUUAGUUGGAUGUUAUGGAGUGGGUUCACAAUCCAAUCAAUUAUCUAGUCCAUUUAGCUUGAGUUUUGAUCGUUCUGGAAACAUGUUUGUUACUGAUCAACGAAAUUCUCGAAUUCAAAAAUUUUUAUUGAUGAAAGAUUCUUUUGCUCUUUCAUUCAAUAAGCCAAAGUCUUGUUCAAAAGCCAUUUGGCAUUCCAAUGCAACUACCUUUACUAAUCGAUCAAUUGUUGGUGAAGAUCCUACUGCCGUUUUUAUAAACAUAAACAACACAAUUUAUGUUACUAAUCAAAAAAACAACGCAAUUCUAAUAUGGAAUGAAGAGAAUGUUACUCCAACAAAGAUCAUUUCCGGUAAUUUUACAGAACCCAGCUCUCUCUUCGUGAUAUCAAAUGGUGAUAUUUAUAUUGAUGAUGGAUUUAAGAAUGGUCGAGUGCAGAAAUGGAGUGCAGAAAUAAAUAACUUUAUCACGGUGAUGAAUGUCAGUUCAUCAUGUUGGGGUUUGUUUGUCGAUAUCAAUGAUACUCUUUAUUGUUCAAUGCCUCGGCAUCAUCAAGUAGUGAAAAGAUCAAUCAGUGUUGCUGUGAUGACUUCAAAUUGUGUUGCUGCUGGAACAGGUAUUCAAGGAUCAGCCUCAGAUCAACUCAAUAGUCCUCGUGGAAUCUUUGUCGAUGCGAAUUUGGACUUAUAUGUGGCAGAUUGCGGAAAUGAUGAAGUUCAGUUGUUUCGGCCGGGAAAUUCAUAUGGUAUGCCAGUGGCUGGAAAUUCAACACUAUAUCCAACAAUUACACUUCGUUGUCCAAGCGGAAUUAUAUUAGAUGCUGACAAAUAUUUAUUCAUUGUGGAUUCUGGAAAUCAUCGCAUUGUUGGUUCAGACUUGAAUGGUUUUCGAUGUUUAGUUGGAUGUUAUGGAGUGGGUACACAAUCCAAUCAAUUAUCUAGUCCAUUUAGCUUUAGUUUUGAUCAUUUUGGAAACAUUAGUGGUACCAUCGAUUCAUAUGGGUCUAUUUACAAAAAUAAAUUUAAUCCACUUGAUCCAUCAGAGAAUUUGCUUAAAACAGAUGACGACAGCAGUCCGGUUGAUCAGUUCAAACUUGAUAUUCGUCUUGAUGUUGAUACGAUAUAUGUAAUGGUUGUGACAACAUCUGAUUCAAAACAAAUUGGAGAAUUUUCGAUCGCGGCGUUGGGUAAAAACAAACUUAUUCUCGAGCGUCUCAGUACUCCAGUCAAUAUUCAGUUAAAAUAUUCAUCAGAAUUAACUGAUGAUAGUCCAACAUAUUAUCGAGAUUGCCAAGUACCACAAUGCCAUUAUGAAACUUUAGAAAUUCAUGUUAAUGCAACGGGUUUGUAUGUUCUUUGGAGUGAAAAUAAUAUCAAUGCAUAUGGAUAUAUCUACAAAAAUGAUUUCAAUCCUCUAAAACCAUCUGAAAAUUUACUUCUAUCACAUGACGGUGAAUGUCCAAAAGAAAGUAGUUGUGUGAUCGGUGAUCAAUGUAACUUUUACAUCAAAGGAAUUGGUUUAACACUCGAUGAUAUUUUACAGAAUGAACUUCAACUAAACACAGUGUUGAAUAAUCAAUCAUUUUCGAUUAAAUUAAGUGCUGGUUUAACAAUAAUUAUGUUCAUCGCAGGAUUAAUCAAUAGUGUUCUUUCUUUUAUUACAUUUCAAAGUAAAGAUUCUCAACAAGUUGGAUGUGGAAUGUAUCUAUUGACAUCAUCGAUUACUUCUCUUUUAACAAUUAGUAUGUUCAUAAUUAAAUUCUGGUUUGUUGUUCUUACUCAUAUCAAUGUGUCCACUAGCCUCUCUGUUCUUCGUGGAGGUUGUGCAUCUAUUGAACCUAUUCUAAAACUUUUUCUCUACAUGGAUGGUUGGCUUAAUGCUUGUGUAGCAGUUGAACGGGCAAUACUUAUUUUUAAAGGAGUAAAAUUUGAUAAAAAAAAGAGCAAAUCUAUUGCUCGACGGACAAUUCUUAUUUUACCAUUCUGUAUUUUCGGCACUCUUAUUCACGAGCUCGCAUUUCGUAGAUUGUUCGAAUAUGAAACAGCACCAGAUACGACAAAUACGAAUAAGACAAAUGAAGACACAAUCAAGCGAUAUGUCUCAUGUAUCACUCGUUAUUCUCCUUCUGUCCAAGAUUACAAUACAGCCGUUCUAUUUUUUCAUCUUGUUGGUCCAUUUAUUGUCAAUCUUUUCUCUGCAUUGUUCAUUAUCUUUGGAGGUGCUCGCCAACGAUCAAUGGCACGAACUAACCAAAGCUUUAAAGAACAUAUUCAACUACAAUUCAGUGAACAUAAACAGUUAAUCAUUAGUCCAAUUGUUUUACUCGUUUUAUCAAUACCUCGUCUCAUCAUUUCAUUACUUCCUGGUUAUGCGAAAACGUCUAAGAACUUGUGGUUGUAUCUUGGAGCAUAUUUCAUUUCGUUUACUCCUUCGAUGUUAAUUUUUCUUAUCUUUGUCUUUCCUUCAGAAUUGUAUAUGAAAGCAUUUAAACAAUCGUUCAAUCGUAUUCGAAGGCGUACUCCUCCCUGA